UUCAGUGCCCCCCACCCCCCGCUGCAGAGUUCCCCCCCUUUUUUUUUAAACGCUCCCUCCCUCGUUCUUCUCGUAGCAAUAAGUGUUCGAGAAGCACGGGGUGGGCAUCUCUGUAAGCACUGUGUGUUUGGUGCAGUGGAUGGAUCCUAGUAUUGGCUGGUAUCAGCCUGAACAUUACGGGCCGGCUCUACAACUGUGGAACUCCAUCUGGGAAACGCAGCAAGGCUUAGAAACCAUGGAUCUCAACAACUCGAAUCUCCGUGCUCCCGACUAUAUUCCCCUUAACAGUGCCACAGGAAGCGUUACAGAGGUGAAGAAGAACGUCAACGGACAGAACGAACUGACAGGUGGUGCAGACAAGUUCUACAAUCCCACGAAGCGGAAAAGGGAGAAUCGUGCAAGCACUUACGCUCUCUAUAAGAACCAACACUUGAUCAGUCAAUAUGGCGGCACGCCGUGGAGAAGUGAGCUGAGACACGUUCGUCCAGGAAUCCUUGGGCUUCAUGAUGAAAUUGAAGAAUUCUACAGGUACAUGCAGCCGACUCCAGCUGAGCAUCAGAUGCGGUUGGGGGUAAUCCAACGGAUAAAAGAUGUUAUCCUUGGUCUGUGGCCACAAGCAGAGGUGGAGGUUUUUGGGAGCUUUCGGACAGGCCUGUACCUUCCAACCAGUGACAUCGAUGUGGUGGUUCUUGGCAAGUGGGAAACAUUGCCUAUGUGGACACUAGAGAAGGCUUUGCUAAGUCAUGGAAUAGCUGAACCGCAGUCUAUUAAGGUCCUGGACAAGGCCUCUGUUCCUAUAGUGAAGCUGACUGAUGCGAAAACGACUGUCAAGGUUGACAUCAGCUUCAACAUGAACAAUGGAGUCAAAAGUGCCCGCCUCAUUCAGUCAUUCAAGGAGCAGUUCCCUGCACUUCCCAAGCUGGUGCUGGUGCUGAAGCAGUUUCUGCUACAACGAGACUUGAAUGAAGUGUUCACUGGUGGUAUCAGCUCCUACUCUCUGAUCCUUAUGACUGUGAGCUUUCUACAAUUGCACCCUCGAGGUGGGGAUGCCCCAUCUCCAAAUCUUGGUACAUUGUUGCUGGAGUUUUUUGACUUGUAUGGAAAACACUUCAACUAUUUUGUGACUGGAAUUCGCAUCAAGGAUGGUGGUGCAUAUAUACGGAAAGAAGAGAUGCUGCGCGAUGCAGCGGACUCGUACCGCCCAUCGAUUCUCUGCAUAGAGGACCCUCUCACCCCAGGUAAUGACAUCGGUCGUAGCUCAUAUGGUGCAUUGACAGUAAAGAAGGCAUUCGAGUAUGCUUAUAUGGUCCUCAAUCAGGCAGUGCACUCAUUUCAGCCAGCUACAAACGACCUGAAACAAAGCAUACUUGGCAGGGUCAUUCGGGUGACUGAUGAGGUAAUCCAGUACCGUCAGUGGAUUCAAGAGAAGUUCCCCAUGGACAACAAUGAAGAGCUUUCUGCACAUCUACCUCCCGAUUUUGAGUGCACAAGGCAGGAAGCCAGCAUCAGGUCCCAUGGAAAAAGGACUGGUGGUGGUACCAAUGAGGCCGACAGCUGCUCACCUUCCAGCGGACCAUUUGGGGAUAGUCCUCAGCAUAGCUCAGGGUCAAGCAUUAACAGUAACAGCGUGAGUGGUGGGGGGGCACUUGCAAGGAGUCAAGGAACGUGCACCAAUGGUGUGGCUGCUGUGUGGUCACAGCAGGACUCGGAGGCACUCUGUGAAGCUGGCGAGCCACUGGUUGAUAGUUCCCAUCUGGCCACCAACCGUACCUUCUUCCCCAAGCAGCGAAAGUUCUCCACUGGCACUUCCGAGGCAGCCGAGCAGCACAGCAGCUGUAGAGGCUUCUCAAACAGCAGUGCCCGGCGGCGGCAGCGCAACUUGAGUCGGCCUGCCCGUGAGACGGUGCUGGUGGCACAGGGUCUUGUGCACCGGGACAUGUACACAGUUGCUUCCUUCAGGUAGUGCCAAGUCUUGCCUAGACUACUGUGGCUGGCAGGAUGCAGCCACUGACUCUGGGACCUUGCUCGGUUGUGCCAUCUGUGCACCUUUGGUUUCACUUACUUGUCUGUGGGCUUCUUUUUUUUUGCUACAGACUUGUUUUUAUGUUCAGCAAAGUUAUUUAUUAACUUUUUUUUUCUUGAGGAAUGAAUGAUUUGUCUUGCAUGUAUGCUAAAAGAAAAAAAAAAUAAAAAAAGUAAAAAUUCGAUAAAGUUGAAAAGUAAAAUUGCACAAAAAAAGUUGCAUUUAUGCAAGUGUAGCCUAAUACCAGGCUGCUACUCUUAGUUUGGCUAAGUAAGCAUCUGUGCUGGAUUAGUUCCACCGUUUUUUUUUUUUUUCCACAUUUGUGUGUGUGAUUGAGUGAGUGAUGAAAUUAUACAGAUUUUUCAGUGAACUGUAUUUAUUCCUACUUGUGAAUGUAAUUAUUGUGAUUUUGUCUGUAUAUAGUGAUGACAGUAUAUACAUCUACAAAUAUAUUGCAUGCGUAUUUUUUAGUUUCAUGAAAACAGUGCUCGUGAUUUUGUACAUAAUCAUGUUAAUGUUCUGCCUGGUGUAGAUGGUGUACAUGUUUUUAACCAAUCCUGUGCUCUUUCUUUACUAAUAAUGUACAAUGUUCAAAAUGAAAGCAGGUCACUCAAUGGUGGUUUGAGAGAUUGUUGGAUUUCUUUCAGUUUACUUUUAAUUUCAUGCACUAGAACUGCAGCUUUUUGUUUUAAGUGCUGUAGCACGUGCCUGCAGUUAGUAUGUUUGGUGCUGAUAGGAACUUUUUGUUCCUGAUCUAGUGCUACAUAUUAUUGAGGAUUUUUUUUUAUUCAAUCCACAAAGUGCUGUGACAUAGAGGAGUAUUGUGUCCUUGAAAGCUCCCCCCCUUUCCCAUGGUUCGUUGUGCUUACUGGCUGUGUAUACAAUUGUUGUGAAGUGCUCAAAACAUGGUGCUUCAUGAAGGCCUUGCACAAUGUUUCUCAAGAAAUUGACACUGUCCUGCUUGUUCCUUUUAAGUCGCCAUGUUUCAUCUAAGGUUCUUGAGCGGACUCCCAUUGUAUGUCAUAAGUUUUGUGAGAAGUGUGCCAUCUUUUGGCAGUGUCAUGUUGCACUCUCUCAGCUGUGCAGAUGGCUAUCCAAUGCAAGUGGAUGGUGGCAGUUGUUAAAAGGAGCUAGUCCAUGUUUUGUGGUGUGCCAAUAGGAUACUGCCCACCAAGCUGCUCACAUGCAGUGUGUUGUUUGCCUCACAGUUAUUUGUGGUGGCACAUUUCCUUUUACCAGGCGAUUCACUUUGCGACGGCGGCUAUGGUGUCCAGAGGGGCAUUUACUGCUCAUGGUCAUGACGUAAAAGUAGUGAUGCUUGUUUAUGGGCACCUACCUGGAUAUAUUGAAUACAAGGUGAAUGUGGAAUGGCAUAGUAGCUACAGUUAGGCUACUAUGCAGAAACUUCUGAUGUGUAUAUUAAAUGCAUCUUGUGGUUUCCAUUUAUGUCAAGUCAUCCUAGUCACACGAAUGUGAGUUUACAGUACAUGUUGCCACUGUGUGUAAAAAUCAGUUGUGUUACUUAAAACUCCCAGCAAAGGCAUUCAUAACUAUGCACUGUAACUACAUUUUGCUGGGAGCUCUCAUAAAAAUGUUUCAAAAGAAUAAACAAGACACAUCAUCAUGACUUAAAA